AUGCGUGCGCCCUCGGGCCAGCAUUUGGCAUAUCUUGAGCCAACACUUCCCGACUUGUCAAACGAACAACGAGGUGGUUGGCUACCGCCGCCGCCACCAAUCGCAGCAGACGGAGCGUAUGGACGGAGUUCUUCGGUAGACCGUUCGCGACCCAUAACACCACAGAACAACAGCCGACCCGUGACACCAAAUCUGCAAGUACCAGACCAGCUACCCGCGACACCACGAUCUUCAGGGGAGAUGGGCAGCGCCGAGCGCAAGAAGAAGCAUGGCUGGUUUGGCAAGAGCAAGAAAGACAGUGACGGAGAACACGGGCCUACCGCCUGGAUCGCGGGCCACUCGCAAACAACACCAUAUGACACCGACGCUCUGCUGGCUGGCAGGCCUUUGCAAGAACUGUGGGAUGAAUCAGAAACGGCCACCUGCUUCAUCUACCUAUACCAAAGGAACAGUGGGAAGAGCGCAAACUUCAAGCUCGAUCCGGCAACCUUCGCUGCGAGCCCGGUAUUAACGAGGCUGGCGUACGGUGAUGUGGAUAUGCGCAUGCAGAGAUUGCAGCUGCACAACGGACGAGCUCUGCCCGAAACACAUCUCUUCUUGCCCAUUCGGCUGAAUGCAUACAAUGCCCCGGCACCUACCGUCACUCCACCCAGCAAACACAGUAAGAAAGACUCAAGAGACUCGGACCACCACGAUCCAGCCGUGGACGAUAUGCAAACGCUAGUCGACAUCCGCAACUUCUUCGCCUUCCUUUGCGGCCAGGCGCUCAUUGCUACCGAGCGCAAGAGCGGCAUUUUCCAGAUCUUCAUGUCUAUAGCCAGCAUAUUGAAGACGUACGAAUUCAGCAACGUUGAUGGAAGCACGUUCGGCGACGUAGCGAGUUCGAGCUUCGACAGUUACGUUGAGGAGCUUAAUCUUGGCGAUGUACGAAAGAGCCGCGAGAAGACCCUUGAGGCCAUCGUUCUGGGUGAGCGCAUGAAGAGUGUACUCCUGUACAAUGAAGCUUUCACGCAUGCGGUCGGCAAGCAUGCCGAGCUCGUGGCGAUGCGCAGUCCUACCUUCCGACUGAUCAGUCCGAUCACGCAGAACAGACUGAUACGGGCUGCGAUGGAUUUGGAAAAGCGCGUUGCUUCGAUAUACCUCAUCCUCGACUCAUUCGAGUUUCCUUCCCUGUUCACUGGUAUCAUGAACAGCAAAGUCUCCGCAGAACGCAAGGAAGGCGUUCGCUUCGACGAGUGGAAGGACGCAUGGUUCGGUAUGCGCAAGUGGGUCAUGAGCACGUAUCAACAGCGUUAUGGACAUUGGCCGCCCAAGGCAAAGUCUAAGAAGAAUGACUUGGAAACGAGUGGACUCAACCGGCUCGUGUUGAGAGAUGUGUACAAUGACAUGAGCAGCUUGUACGACCUGCUAGUCGAUCGAACGAACCUCACGACUCGGACCGUGGACGGUAUAGACAGCAACAAGGCCGAUCGAGAAGAGGCGACACCGAGAGCGCUGAGAGCAGUACUUAGCGAGUAUGACCGCUCUAGCCCUCCGGUAAAGCCACCUGUACCAUUCGACCUGCCAUUGCUCCCGGACUUACGCACUACACGACCCGAGUACGGUACAGGCGACAAAAAGGCCGAUCUGAAAGCCAUCCAGAAGCGGCUCAAAGACGACGAGAUCGCAAGGCUCUUACGACAGACCUACAACCCCGACGUCAGACCCAACCCGUUCAUCGACGCAUUCAGGGAUAUGGAGCACCGCGCCGCGCAUCACUGCACCAUCGCCGAACUCGUGGAUUUGCGACUGGGCCAGUGGAUCUUCGUCUACGUCGUCCUGCAGGCGCUGCCAAUGCUAGCCUGUGAUGCGCCGGGAGUAAAGUGGGGACAGGGAGUGGAAUACUUCCUCUGCGAACCGCCAAAAGGCGGUGUACCCUGGUCCAGCGCUGACGCUGGGGCGAGCGGGCAGAGGGGCAGAACUUGGUUUAGUGUGGGUGACGGGGGUGGCGUUGUGAGUUUACCGAGUGAUGUCGUGGAGCAUGGGGUGGAGGGGAUCUACCGACGGAGUCAUUGUUGGCAAAUGGCGGAGCGUUGGAGCGCGAGUAAUCCUUUGCUGAACUCGGCGCUGCAUGAGCAGGAGGCUAUCAAUGCUGAACAGUCGGCUGCUUUGGGUGACGGCUUACCUCCGCCGAGGUCGCUGUCGCCGCUACCGGAUCCUUCAAUGGUGGGUAAUGGCAUGCUGAGGCCCGACUCGAGAGGGGGUUCACCAAUCAGAGGAGGCUCACCCAUGGCCAACACCAAGCGGCAUAGUAGUCUCGGCAUAGGCUUGGAGGCCUUGCCCAUGCCUGUAGGUGUUGUGCCUGAUGGGAGGACGCCAAGUCCGGAUGGCAAACCGAGGAAUGUGCAUCCUGUGGAUGCUAGCAAGACUUUUGAUGCGAUACUUGCGGAUGUGCAGGGUCAGAAGAAGGGGAAGAAGAGGUAG